AGCCCCACAAACACUGAUCACCUUAGCACACAGCACAUUCCACUGGCUCUUCCGUUUCUCAAUCCGUUCCUAAUCUUCUAGGGCUCGCCGGAAUCUCCACAGAGGUAUAACCGGAGGAGAGUUAGGGAGGGUGUCUUUGGUUGAAGAUGAGUUCCAGCUCGGAUUUGGUGAGGUUCGUGGAGUCGGUGCUGGGUGUGCCGUUGGGGGAUUCGGUGUCGGACUCGGUGAUAGUGAUAGCCACGACGUCGUUGGCUGUCAUUGUUGGGCUGCUGGUGUUGGUUUGGAGAAAGUCGGCUGCUGGUCGUAGCCGCAAGGACAAGCCGAUUCCGGUGCCCAAGCCGCUGUCUCUCAAGGACGAUGAAGGUGAUGAAGACUUCGCCGCAUCCGGUAAAAAGAAGGUCACUGUUUUUUUCGGCACGCAGACGGGAACGGCCGAGGGCUUCGCCAAGGCUUUAGCAGAAGAGAUUAAGGCAAGAUAUGAGAAAGCAGCUGUCAAAGUUGUUGAUCUGGAUGACUAUGCGGCAGAUGAUGAACAAUAUGAGGAAAAACUCAAGAAAGAGACUUUGUCAUUUUUCAUGGUGGCCACUUAUGGAGAUGGUGAGCCAACUGAUAAUGCUGCAAGAUUUUACAAAUGGUUUAUUGAGGGAAAUGAAAGGGCCCCAUGGCUUCAGCAACUCACAUAUGGUGUUUUUGGUCUUGGUAACCGUCAAUAUGAACAUUUCAACAAGGUAGGAAAGGUGCUUGAUGAGGAACUUUCUAAGCAAGGUGCUAAAUGUCUUGUUCCAAUUGGUCUUGGUGAUGAUGAUCAAUGCAUUGAGGAUGAUUUUGCUGCUUGGAGAGAAUUAUUAUGGCCAGAGUUAGAUCAAUUGCUCAAAGAUGAAGAUGAUACAACCACUCCAUCUACUCCAUAUAAGGCUGCUAUUCCUGAAUACAGAGUAGUGAUUCAUGACCUGAGCAUGACUUCUGAGGCUAACAUCUCGCACAUGGCAAAUGGGAAUGCUUCAUAUGAUAUCCACCAUCCAUGCAGAGUUAAUGUUGCUGUUCAGAGGGAGCUUCACAAGCCUGAAUCAGAUCGGUCUUGCAUACAUUUGGAAUUUGACAUAUCAGGGACUGGUAUCAUAUAUGAAACUGGAGACCAUGUCGGUGUCUAUGCUGAGAAUUGUAUUGAGAUUGUUGAGGAAGCUGCAAAGUUGUUAGGUCAACCUUUGGAUUUGCUGUUCUCUAUACACACUGAUAAUGUGGAUGGCACAUCCCUUGGUAGCUCGUUGCCACCUCCUUUCCCUGGUCCCUGCACACUUCACACAGCAUUGGCACGAUAUGCAGAUCUCUUAAACCCUCCAAAAAAGGCUGUUUUGGUUGCUUUGGCUGCCCAUGCCACCGAACCCAGUGAAGCAGAAAGACUAAAAUUCUUAUCAUCACCGCAAGGGAAGGAUGAAUACUCACAAUGGAUUGUAGCAAGCCAGAGAAGUCUUCUUGAAGUUAUGGCAGAGUUCCCAUCAGCUAAACCACCACUUGGUGUAUUUUUUGCAGCAGUAGCCCCUCGUUUACAGCCACGUUAUUACUCUAUCUCAUCUUCUCCUAGAUUUGCAUCCCACAUGGUUCAUGUAACCUGCGCUUUAGUUUAUGGCCCAACUCCAACUGGAAGAAUCCACAAGGGGGUGUGCUCAACAUGGUUUAAGAAUGCAGUUCCUAUGGAGAAAAGCCAGGAUUGUAGCUUGGCUCCUAUUUUUAUCAGGCAAUCUAAUUUCAAGCUACCAGCUGAUCCUCAAAUUCCAAUUGUCAUGGUGGGGCCAGGGACUGGAUUGGCACCUUUCAGAGGGUUUCUACAGGAAAGAAUGGCCCUUAAAGAAGAUGGUGUCCAGCUUGGUCCAGCUCUUCUCUUCUUUGGGUGUAGAAAUCGUCGAAUGGAUUUCAUUUAUGAUGAUGAGCUCCGUAAUUUUGUGGAAGAAGGUGUCCUGUCUGAGCUGAUUGUUGCAUUCUCACGGGAGGGACCUCAAAAGGAGUAUGUUCAACAUAAGAUGAUGGAUAAAGCAGCAAACAUAUGGAGCCUGAUUUCUCGAGGAGGAUAUCUUUAUGUGUGUGGUGAUGCCAAGGGUAUGGCAAGAGAUGUCCAUCGCGCCUUGCAUGUUUUAAUUGAACAGCAGGAGAAUGUGGAGUCAUCAAAGGCAGAGGCUAUGGUGAAGCAACUUCAGAUGGAUGGACGAUAUCUUAGGGAUGUCUGGUGAUGCUCCCUCCGCCAUUGUCGUUUUCUCCAUGAUUCUUGACAUCUUAGCCAAAUAUUUGGGCAGAUUUAUUCAUUGAUACCUCAAACUUCUUUUCGGUUUUUCAUCUGUGCUUCUCCCAUUUUGAAGCAUAAAAGCAGCUGUUUGUGAAGUAGUGGUUGAAACUGCAACAUAAAAUGGAUGGUUUUGUGAUCCGUUUUGUUUUCAGUGAUCCUGAAUAGAAUGAUUAUUUGUUUCCAUUUGUAGACUUCUAAACUCCCGGAAGAACAGCUUUUGAUAGACGGUAACAAGGAUGUCUGAACUUGUAAUGUUAACUACAGGUUAUUUGGGAGAAUACUGGUCCUAGUAAAAUAAUGGUGGUGUCAUGGAAUGAAAAUAAAUUUAGAGAUCUCGC